AUGCUCACUGCAACCCUUCGUUUGGUGACGAAAACAUGUCAACAAAGGGCCCUUUCGUUAUCGGCAAUGUGUAAAGAAACGAAAACAUCAAGUAUUGCGGAAUAUCGUAUUGUGGAUCAUGCAUAUGAUGCGGUUGUCGUUGGAGCUGGUGGAGCUGGUUUGCGAGCUGCUAUGGGUCUUAGCGAAGGUGGUCAGAAGGUCGCAGUAAUUACAAAGUUAUUUCCAACACGAUCCCAUACGGUUGCUGCUCAAGGAGGUGUUAAUGCGGCUUUAGGUAAUAUGAAUCCGGAUGAUUGGCGAUGGCAUUUCUACGAUACUGUCAAAGGAAGUGACUGGUUGGGAGAUCAGAAUGCUAUACAUUACAUGACUCGUGAAGCGAUUCGUGCUGUUAUUGAAAUGGAAAAUUAUGGAAUGCCGUUUUCACGGACAGAAGAGGGUAAGAUAUAUCAGCGUUCAUUUGGCGGACAAAGCAACAAUUUUGGUAAAGGAGGCUUGGCUCGUCGGACUUGCUGUGUAGCUGAUCGUACAGGACACUCAAUGUUGCAUACGCUAUAUGGUUCAUCGCUCCAAUACAACUGUCGGUAUUUCAUUGAAUAUUUCGCUCUUGAUCUUAUGAUGGACAACGGACGAUGUGUUGGUGUUAUCGCUAUAGACCUUGAAGAUGGAAGCAUACAUCGAUUCCGUGCGAAAAACACGGUAAUCGCAACAGGAGGAUAUGGACGUGUUUUCUUUAGCUGUACGUCUGCACAUACAUGCACUGGUGAUGGUACGGCGAUGAUUGCACGAGCUGGACUGCAAAAUUCCGAUAUGGAAUUUGUUCAGUUUCAUCCAACCGGAAUUUACGGUGCUGGUUGCCUCAUCACUGAGGGCUCUCGAGGUGAAGGUGGCUAUUUGGUGAACAGUGAAGGUGAACGUUUUAUGAAGAAGUAUGCGCCGAAUGCAUUAGAUUUGGCUUCACGAGAUGUCGUAUCGCGAGCAAUGACAAUAGAAAUCAUGGAAGGUCGUGGUGUCGGAAAGGAUAAGGAUCAUAUUUAUUUGCAGUUGCACCACUUGCCUGCGAAAGAUUUGCAUACCAAAUUGCCAGGUAUUAUGGAAACAGCGAUGAUCUUUGCCGGUGUGGAUGCUGCGAAGGAACCAAUACCCGUUUUACCAACUGUUCAUUAUAAUAUGGGCGGCAUACCAACGAAUUAUAUGGGACAAGUUUUAACGCACAAAAGCGAUAGAGGUGACCAGUUGGUGCCAGGAUUAUAUGCUUGCGGUGAAGCAGCAACACAUUCGGUUCAUGGUGCAAAUCGUUUGGGAGCUAAUUCUUUGCUCGAUCUUGUCGUUUUUGGACGUGCAUGUGCUAUAGAUAUUCUAGAGAAGGCCAAAAAAUCACCUGAGAAGAUUCCUGAAUUACCGAAAGGUGCAGGUGAAUCAACUAUUGCAAACGUCGACAAAUUGCGCUUUGCUAAAGGUGACAUUCCUACCGCCGCUUUAAGAUUGAAAAUGCAGAAGACGAUGCAACAGCAUGCGGCUGUAUUCCGACGCGGUGAUAUUUUGAAGGAAGGUAUUAAAAAAAUGGAAACUCUCUUCAAAGAACAAAAAUUUCUUAAAACAACAGAUCGAGGAUUGGUAUGGAAUUCAGAUCUUGCUGAAACAUUAGAACUACAGAAUCUAAUGUUAAAUGCAACUCAAACGAUCUUUGCUGCGGAGAAUAGAAAAGAAAGCCGUGGAGCACAUGCUCGAGAUGAUUUCCCGACACGAAUAGAUGAGUUUGACUAUUCGAAAUCGCUAGCUGGUCAAACCAAGAAGUCAUUUGAUCAGCACUGGCGAAAACAUACUAUUAUCGAACAAAAUCAUGAAACUGGAAAGAUUACUUUGCUUUACCGACCGGUAAUCGACCAGACAUUGGAUAAGAACGAAACAGAUUGGGUUCAACCGAUGAUCCGAUCUUAUUGA